AUGGAAGUUCCCAUAUCCUUUAUCAGAUCCCAAGAAUCAAAAGUUGAUGACUUGCAAAUUAUUAGUAAGCAACACAAAAUUGACAAUGAUGAGGAUGCAAUACUAAUGGAAGUUCCAAUAUCUCUUACCGCACUUGAAGAAGUAAAAACCGAUGUUUUCGAGAAUGAGAUGAUUCCCAAAAAUAUGCAUUACGUGCAUACUUAUACAUUUGAACAGAGAAGACAAAACUGGAUCAUCAAGAAUACAUCUCGUCCAUGUGGUUCAAUUAUCGAUUACGUCUACCAUCAUAUCGAGACAAACAAAAAGUUUCGAUCUUUGAUUGAGGUUUACAAUUUUGUUGUGUAUGGGGAUAUUCGUGAAACAAAGAGGAGAUUAAGCCAAUCUAACGAAACAUUGCAGGUGAAACCGAGACAUAAACCACAUAUUCGAGUUAACAAGUUGAUCAAACAUUAUGUAGUUGGAACAUGUACUGAAUCUUGCAAGGGGGUUCACAUAAAAAAUCGGCGAGACGUUCACUACUUAUUUGAACGUGGCAUCCCUUCAAAUAUUGAGAAAAAGAGAAAAAGAGAAAACGAAGAUUUAUAUGGACUUCAACAAAUAAACUUGAGAAAUGAAACAACACAUAUGGACUCAAUAGAUUCUGCAUUAAGGACUCCAAUACAACCCUUUUUUUACCUUUGGGACUUUGAGCUCAUACAUAUAAAAGAGAGGCCAACAAAGAAAGUUUUAGUUCCAGAUAUUGUGAAAUUGGAGAGGAAGGAGUCGGCUAUUGACUUAUUGAAUUUGCACAAACAAAUAUUGGAAGCUCAGAGGAGGUCUGGGGUUGAUGAGCAGCUGAGGUUAUUUUUGUUGAGAGCUAGUAUGACUGAAGCUUCAUCCAGCUCAAUGCAAGCAGGGGUAGGACUUAUUAGUGGAGUUGAUGUUGUGAUGGAGUCUCAAACUCUAACUACUACACCACUAGAUUUUGAGGGGAAUCUUGAGGUCUCAUUUAGUGCGCCAGCCAUUACCGCCACCACUAUUCAUGUUUUAGGAGAAACAAAAGCGUCAGCACCAUUUACAGACUCUCAAGCCUAG